AUUCCAUUUACCGGUGGGUGAGGUCACGAUCACAUUAGGAGAUGUGGCUGUAUUGGCAGGUUUACCGAUCCAAGGUCGGGCAGUUACUGGGACUGCAUGUAGACUGUGGGUUGAUGUGGUACAUUGAUUGUUGGGAGUACGGCCACACCCGGGGACAGAUAUUCGGGGGUCCGCUUUGAGGAUGGCUUGGUUGAGAGAGCAUUUUGUUGGUUUACCUGCUGAUGCUGAUGAUGAUGUUGUGCAGCAGUACGCGAGAGCAUAAAUUCUGAUGCUUAUGGGAGCUUCCACGUUUGCGGACAAAAGUGGGAAUGAGGUGCAGGUCUUGUAUUUACCCAUUCUGCAGUCUUUUGAUGUAGCUGCAGUUUAUAGCUGGGGUAGUGCCACUUUAGCAUACCUAUAUCGGCAGUUAUGUCGAGGUUGUCAUCGUGACGGUGGAGAGAUGGGUGGGUUUUUAUUGCUCAUACAGCUAUGGUCAUGGGAGCACAUUCAUAUCGGCAGACCUGUCAUACUGCGAUAUCAUGGGGUAGAUGGUGGUCCUCUUGAUGAUGAUAUGGAUCAGCACGCAGUACUUGGGCCACAUCAUGUUCGUGGCGAGGAUCCUUUGGGUCGUAGAUGGCUAUUUGCUCAUGUCACGCGCACGUCAUCCGCUGCUGGGUUAGGAUACUACCGAGAUGCUUUAGAUCGCUUGUGUGAUGAUCAGAUGACGUGGAUGCCGUACACUGAUGAGAUUCUAGGCCUGUUGCCUCCUGUUGUCCGAGAGCACACUCAGAUAUGGCGAGCACGUGUGCCUUUGAUAUGUUUUGAUGUAGUGGAGCAUUACUUUCCUGAUCGCGUAGCAUCCAUGACAGAGCGACUGCUAUACUUGAUGAGGCGGUAGAUGUACAGGGAUACCAUGACGCUUGUUUAGGCAUUGUUUCACUGUGUGCUGAUGUAUUGGGUCGAGUCGAUUAUGGAUAUAUGGCCGCGUCUCAGCAUUCCACUGCAUCUACAUCCGCAGCAGGGUCUUCUCAGGCAGUCCGACGUGAUAGAGUUGUUCUUCAGCCUCGUAACCAGCGCAGACGUCCCCGAGCACAACUACAUGAACUUCAUGAUGAUGAUGAUCACGUUGAGUUAUGAUAUUUGUAUUUCACUUAUUGUGUGAAAGUUGUAGUAUGCACUAGCAGAUCGAAUCAUUUUGGGAUACACCAGAUUUAUUAUAACUUUUAUGGUUCAUACUCAA